AUGGCUAGUCCCUCUUUGGGCCCUGCGAACUCGCAACAGCAAUCAACAGCUACUGUUCUCACAACUCCAGACCUGCACGUGCGAAAGGAAGAUCCAUCUGCCAGCAAUACUUUGCACAGCUACUUGUGCAGACACUUGGAUGCGACUAAAUCCUCGCAUGUUUUUGCGACGGUUCAGUUUGUUUGCGUGGCAGAUGAUUAUGAGUAUGAGAAGGGCCAUGACAGCAUUGACACCGAUACAGCGGUGACGGCGCGGGGAAGCACAGACAUUGCGGAUGUCAAUGCUGAUGGCAAGGAGGAGGGGAGCCGGAAGGAGCAGGACCGGCUCCAGAAGCUUUUGGACUCUUUGGACUCCUGGCUAACUGCGAAGUUCCGGUUAGAAGGUGCAGUUGAUGUGCUUGCAGUGGCCUUGGCUGCUGCAGAGCAAGGCCUCACGCUGCUGAAGGUCCUGAGCAACAGCAGCAAGGUCGAGGAAAUGGCAGCUCUUCUCAAGGUCUCUGACUGCCUCAUGGCGGUUGGCAAGGGCAAGACGGCCGUGAUGCGCGGGCAAGAAGCCGCGCAGCAAUGCAACGAGACCGGGGAUGUUUGGGCCGGGGUUAUGGCACUACAGAUUGUUGCAGCAGCGCAGCUGCAGCUGGGCAAGCGCCGGGAGUCCUUGCGCACUGCGAAAGCGGCCAAGGAGGCUCUCGGAGCCAAGAGAAACGACAGCCUCCUAGCUCGGGCACUCCGCGACGAGGGCGCGGCGUUGGCAGUGUUGGAGGAUUACGACGAGGCCAUCACCCGUCUCAAAGAUGCAGCUAGCACGGCCGUCAGUGCUGGCGACUUGGCCACUCAGGCCUCGAUCAAGCGCUUCGAGGCGGACGUGCAUAUCAAUCGCAGUAACUUCAAGGAGGCGCUGUCUGCUGCCAGGGAUGCUUUAGAAAUCUCGGAGAGGCAAGGCGACAAGUGCGGGACCUACUUGCAUCCAGGUGCAAGAGGAAAGCUCGAGUUCUUUGGAAUUCAGAAGCUCGAGCUGGGACAAAGUGCCUUCGCCAAAAAGGAGCUGGCCUUCGCAGAGGACGUAGUAGCCUCGGGAGGGUGGCACAGCUGUGCCCUGCGGCCAUCGGGUGAGGUCAUCUGUUGGGGAGCCAACGAUCAGGGACAGUCGACACCGCCGAAGGGCACCUUCGUGAGCCUAGCGGCAGGAAAGAGCCACAGCUGUGGCAUAAGACCUUCUGGCCUGCUCGAAUGUUGGGGCAGCAACUCGCAUCACCAGACCGAGCCCCCUGACUUAGAGCUUCGGCAAGUCGCUUGUGGAGCGGCGCAUACCUGCGCGCUCGCCUCCGAUGGUGAAAUCCACUGUUGGGGUAGCGACGAACACCAGCGCAGCUCCGGAUCUCCUUCCGGAAGGUUCGUUUCCAUUGCUGCCUCUGGUGGCCAUAGCUGUGCCCUGAAGAAGAAUGGCAAUGCUGUCUGCUGGGGCUUCAAUGACAACAACCAGACAGAUGUUCCGAAAGCCAAGUUCAGGCAGAUUGCUCCAGGUUACCUCCACACCUGCGCGUUGACACUCCAGGAUGAAGUUCUGUGCUGGGGGCAGAGGCGCGGGGACAACAAGCCACCUCCAGGACGAUUCCAGCAGGUCUCCUCCCGUGGGCCCUUCUCUUGUGCUCUCGACAUGGCAGGUCGCGCCGUUUGCUGGCCUCAAGCUGAACAGAGGGACGACCACUUCGUUCACAUCUCGGUGGGUGGCUCGCAUUUCUGCGGAGUGCAAGAAUCUGGUCACGCCAAGUGCCGCGGCAAAGAUGACCAAGGUCAGUCGUCGCCUCCAUCUGGCUUCUUUAAGCUGCCGACAAAGAAGACGCACCCCAAGAGCACCGAGCUGUGA